AACUAAUUGUCGGUUUGUGUCACACAUUGUCCUCAAUAUGACUGAAUUAGGCCUCAAAACACUGGCCAAUGGUCCGCAGCCUGACGUCAAAUAUCCCAUAAAAGUGUUGUAUUGCGGCGAGUGUUCCCUUCCGGUCGAGUACUGCGAGUAUUACCCAAAUAACGCCAAAUGUAAGGAAUGGUUGGAAAGGAAUUUACCCGAAGUUUUCGAUGCUAUCGUCAAGACUGGCGAUACGACCACUCAGUCGACCGCCAAAAGCGCCGGAAGUGAUGCCAAGUCGGAGCCGACGGCGGGCGCUGCCGAUGAGGACGGGGUGAGCGGUGGGACAGUCGGCGAGAAGAAGGGACGCCAGAAGAGGGGCGGAAAGGCUUUGGUGAAGACCAAGAAGAAGGACGACGUC